UCAAAAUUAUUUAAAAAAUCAAAACAAACUAUUAUCGAGCGGGAAAGUGGUAUUUUUGAGAAAAUCUUAAAUAAAUUGAAAAUUAUGGGUUGGAAUAAGCUUAAGUGUAAGAGCAAAGAGUUGCAACUAAUCGGCACAUUAAAUGGGGGUCAAAGCUUCAGAUGGAAACUAGAAGAAGGCACCAAUGAAUGGCUCGGUAUAUUCUCUAAGACAGUAUGGAAAAUACGUCAGAAUAAUGAAUCGUUAGAAUACAAAGUUAUCGGAUCUCUCCUUGAGUCAAAGGGAAAAGGGACAAAAUCAAAUAAAAAGACAGAAACAGAUAAUGAGCUCUUCAAGAAACGUUUAGAAGAAUAUUUUAGACUAGAUGUCAAUUUGGGUGAUUAUUACAAGGAGUGGUCUGAGAAGGAUGAGCUGUUCAAAUCUGCCGGCAAACAGUUUUAUGGAAUAAGAAUGCUCAGUCAGGAGCCAGUGGAAAACCUAUUUUCUUUCAUAUGCAGUCAGAACAAUCAUAUUUCAAGAAUAUCAAGUAUGGUGGAGAAACUGUGCACACACUAUGGAGAAGAGAUUUGCUCCCAUGAAGAUGUUACUUACUAUUCCUUCCCUACAGUAGACAAACUGUCAUCUCCUGAGGUAGAAGCAGAGCUAAGAGAGCUGGGCUUUGGCUACCGGGCCAAGUUCAUUCAGAAGUCGGCAGCUCAGAUCCAGGAGUGGGGUGGUGAGGAGUGGUUCCAGAGUCUACAGGACAUGAAGUACAAGGAGGCCAAGACUGAGCUCAUGAAGCUACACGGGAUUGGGCCUAAGGUAGCCGACUGCAUAUGCCUCAUGUCUCUGAACCACCUGGAAGCGUUGCCAGUGGACACGCACGUGUAUCAGAUAGCUGCCCAGAACUACCUGCCACAUCUGAGGGGCAAGAAGAGUGUCACUGAUAAAAUGUACACCGAGAUCGGAGAUCACUUCAGACAGCUUUACGGGCCAAUGGCAGGCUGGGCGCAUACGGUUUUAUUCUGUGCCGACCUGAAGAAGUUCCAAGUCCAAGAGUCUUCAGAUAAGGCGGUGCCGAAGAAACGAAGAAAAUGUACAUAAAUAGCAGCAAUGUCUGUGAUAUGAUAUGUGGUUAAAAUUAAAUAUACAAGGAAGUAAA